GGUAGCAAAGGCAGAGACGGUGGUAGAGGAGGCAGAGGCAGAGGCAGAGACGGUGGUAGCAAAGGCAGAGACGGUGGGAGAGGAGGCAGUGCCAGAAGUGCCGGAGGAGGCCGAGUUGGAAGAGCCGGAGGAAAGCUUCAGCGACCCUGAAGACUUCGUGGACGACAUCGACGAGGAGGAAUUGGUGGGUGAUAUUUUAAAGGAUCAACCUGCAGAAGCCGACGGCAUAGAUUCUGUUAUUGUUGUGGACAACGUACCACAAGUUGGACCAGACCGACUGGAGAAGCUUCGGAAUGUCAUCCAGAAGAUCUUUUCCAAGUUUGGGAAAAUUGCAAAUGAAUUUUACCCAGAAGCAGAUGGGAAGACUAAAGGGUACAUUUUCUUGGAAUACAGUUCACCUGCUUGUGCUGUGGAUGCUGUAAAAAAUGCCGAUGGAUACAAGUUGGAUAAACAACACACCUUUCGAGUCAACCUCUUCACUGACUUUGAUAAAUACAUGAACAUUAGCGAUGAUUGGGAAAUUCCAGAGAAACAGCCUUUCAAAGAUUUUGGGAAUCUUCGACACUGGAUAGAGGAUCCAGACUGCAGAGACCAAUGCAGUGUUAUCUACGAGUCUGGGGACAGAACAGCUAUUAUGUGGAAUGAUACAAAGGAACCUGUUGUUAUUGAAGAGCGAGCACGUUGGACAGAAACGUACGUUCGUUGGUCUCCCAAAGGCACGUACCUAACGACAUUCCAUCAGCGUGGUAUUGCUCUUUGGGGCGGGGAGAAGUUCAAGCAGAUUCAACGAUUUAGCCACCAAGGAGUUCAGCUAAUUGAUUUUUCUCCAUGUGAAAGAUAUAUGGUGUCAUUUAGUCCUUUAAUGGACACAAAAGAUGACCCUCAAGCUAUCAUCAUUUGGGAUGUACUAACAGGCCAGAAGAAGCGAGGGUUUCAUUGUGAGAGCUCAGCCCAUUGGCCAAUAUUCAAGUGGAGCCAUGAUGGCAAGUUUUUCGCACGAAUGACACAAGAUACACUUAGUAUUUAUGAAGCACCUUCUAUGGGUCUGUUAGAUAAGAAGAGUCUCAAGACCUGUGGCAUAAAGGAAUUCUCGUGGUCUCCAGGUGAUAAUGUUAUUGCAUUUUGGGUGCCAGAAGAUAAAGAUAUUCCAGCCCGAGUCUCACUAAUGCAGUUUCCGACGAGGCAAGAAAUGAGAGUUCGCAAUCUUUUCAAUGUGGUGGAAUGUAAAUUACACUGGCAGAAAAACGGAGAUUACUUGUGUGUGAAAGUUGAUAGAACCCUGAAAGGUAUACAGGGUCUCGUAACUAACUUUGAAAUCUUCAGAAUGAGGGAAAAACAGGUUCCUGUAGACGUUGUGGAAACGAAAGAGGGUAUUAUAGCUUUUGCUUGGGAGCCAAAUGGAAGCAAGUUUGCUGUGCUACAUGGAGAUGUGCCUAGAGUAUCUGUAUCCUUCUACCAUGUGAAGAAUAAUGGCAAAAUCGACCUCAUCAAAGUGUUUGAUAAACAGCAAGGUAACAGUAUCUUUUGGAGUCCACAAGGCCAAUUUUUGGUAGUGGCUGGUCUGCGGAGCAUGAAUGGUGCUUUAGCCUUCUUUGACACAUCAGAUUGCACGUUGAUGAAUGUAGCUGAGCAUUAUAUGGCUUCUGACAUUGAAUGGGAUCCAACCGGACGAUAUGUGGUGACUUCAGUAUCGUGGUGGAGUCACAAGGUGGACAAUGCAUACUGGAUGUGGACGUUCCAAGGACGUCUCCUACAAAAGAACACAAAGGAUCGCUUCUGCCAAUUGCUGUGGAGACCAAGACCUGCCACCCUGCUCUCUCAGGAUCAGCUUAAGCAAAUCAAGAAAGAUUAUAAGAAAUAUUCCAAGAUCUUUGAGCAGAAAGAUCGUUUGAGUCAGUCCAAGGCUUCCAAGGAAUUGGUAGAUAAACGACGUAGAAUGAUGGAAGAAUUCCAUAAAUAUCGUGAGAUGACCACACAGACGUACGCCGAGCAGAAGCCGCAACGUUUAGAGCUCCGUGGAGGUGUGGACACUGAUGAGCUGGACAGUAAUGUUGAUGAUUGGGAGGAGGAGACUUUUGAAUUUUUCGUGACUGAAGAAAUUAUCCCCGUUGGAGAUCAGGAGUAGUCUUAUACAGUGCCACCAUACUUUCAGCGGAAGCUGAUUUCUCCUGUGACACCUGGAAUUUCUCCCCGCAUUUGGGAAGUUGAAUGCGCUCCAUUCUUGCAAAGAUCAUCACAGUGCCUUUUCCUAUAUCAGUUUCCGUGGUAGUGAUAAAGACACUACCUUUACUUUUAAUAAUUGUGAAUAGAUUUCACUGACUAGCA